GUCGUCGGGAGGACAGGAGGUACUGCGUUGUUCUCAGUCCUUCUUCUAUGAAAACUCUUGCGUUGAUGUAUUCUGGCAUUCUUAUCCCCCAAAUUACCGGGAAAGUGAAGCGUUACCGUGCUUAAGCUAGUGAAUGUACACAUUAUACCCGACGUCGUCGUGUGUGUUACGCUGGCAAAGUGUUGUGGGAGCCGGAAUUAAGAGUGCUUGUGUGAAGUGUUGCUGACUGCUUGUUCGCGCGGGAGGAAGAUCCUUCUUGCUCCUGGGAUUAAUUAGUUCACAGUCUUCGCAGCAGAUCUGAGUGCUGGGCACCGCAGGAGGCCACUGGUCGCCACCCACCACGAGAUGUGACAGAGAGCGCCUCAUGCUUCCCGGAGCGUUGCAGGUAUCAGUGGAGGCAUCUGUUGACCACCCCUUCUUCGUAUUUCACUCCGGGUGGUCAUCCUGCAGCCCGGAAUUGACACAGAAGAAGUAUGACCUGAAGGUUCGGCAGCUGCAGGUUGGUGAUGUCUGUGUCUCGCUCACAAAGAAGGCUCCAGAUGCAGAGACUGUCAAUGCCAUGCCACCACCAACACAAACUUCUACGAGCCAAGUGCCAUCACCGAGUGCUGAAGUGUCCAGCCAGGCUUCUGCCGCUUCUCCACCGAGCUCUACACCACCCAGUCAGAGUCCAGUUAGUGUGAAGAAAGAAAGCACAUCACUACCCUUCCUUGGCGGGUCUUCCAGUUCUAGUGUGUGGAGUAAGCCAGCAGCUCUGAGAACAACUGAGAGGCAACAUUCCAGCGAUGAGGCCCAGCGAGAGGAGAAAGACUGUGGUCGCAAGCGACGUUGGUCUGAUCCUGGUCAAGCGACGUGACCACAGCAGGCACUGGGCAGUAUCUGAGAAUUGUUCUCAAGUAUUUUUAUAACCAUUGUCCUCUUAGUUACAUAAGACAGCAGACUUUGUUGCUUUCACGUCGUAACCAUAAUAUUGGGGACACAACAAAUUGUUAAUUACAUUUAUUUUCGGUACCAGUAUUGGUUAUAAAAUAUUGGUUUAAGUGAGCAGAAUACUAAAGUUUCAGACAUUUUCCUGAGUUGCCGUUUAAAGAUAUGACAGAUGGCCGCUGUUGGGGAAGAGUAGGAACAGAUCUACCAUGAGGCUACGGGGGCUUUAGCCUUUAUAUUUUUUAAAAGUUCUUUGGUUUAUUGUUAGCUCGACAACUUGGUGUACAUUUGUGUCUCACCAUUAUAUAUAUAUAUAUAUAUAUAUAUAUAUAUAUAUAUUAAAACACAAGGUAAGCUCCCAUUUAUACAUUUAUAUAUCAAGAGCCUCUCUUAGACAGCAGGACGUAGUUGUAAAACAAAUAGACAAUGGUGAUUUUUUAUUUUAUUUUAAGAAUGGUCACUUGACACAGUUUUUUAAGUGUUCAAUGUUCAUGCAGCUUUUGUUCCUUUCUUUUUCACUGUAACUUCUCUUGUAGAUUGCUCUGAUUUCCAUGUCUUUCAAAGUUAUUGUGAUAAAUGCACCAAAUGCAGAGAGCAGCCAUUAACAGCAGUACAGGAAAAUACAUUAUUGGACAAAUUUUAUUAGUAAAUUUCUCAUGACAAACAUUUAAAUGAAAUAAAUAUUCAACUG